ACGGCGCCGCGCUGACCAUGUUGCCUCCUCCCUCCUGGCAACGAAGUAGUUGUUGUCAAACGUUGCUAAGGAAGUCGCGCGGCUACUUGUUUUUAUUUUUUAAACUAGACGCUCCGGAUGGGCGGUAGCACGACGGUACACUGUGCUGCAAAUGUCUGAUUUAUUUAUAGUUUAAUGACAUGUAAACAACAGCGAGAAUGUAUAUAAUGCCUACGCGAAGAUGCAUAGUGCGUUUAUUCGGGCUACGCUGAGUUAGUUUAGCUUGCGGCUAACGACGAGCCAAGCAAGGAUGACGGAGAACGGAGUGGACGGCGCGAGGCCGGCCAACAACAUCCCGGCGACGGUCGCCAGUGACGGCAGAGCUCCCAAUGCCCCCUCGGCGGAGCGCAAAAUGUGCAAGGAGUUCAACAACGCCCUCAAACUGCAGCAGGCUGCGCGGAACGCGGCCGGGGACAGCCCGUACCAGCCUCGGCCGCCCUCGCUGCCCAGCAAGUGGAAGGCCAGGAAGAUGCCGCAGGAGAGCGUCCGAGCCCGGAGGCUGAGAUCCAGCCAGGAGAGUCUGAGCGACCCGGUGGGCUCGUCCACGGACUCCCUCAAGGACGUGGGCUCCCCCACGAGCGAGCCCAACGUGGCGACCCCCGAGGCGUUCCGGAAGCGAGGCGGCAGCCUGUCCGAGUUCGACCGCAGCCCGCUGAGCCCGGUCGCCGAGCCGCGGCGCGACCUCCCGGAGCACCGGCUGCGGGCCUCCAGGUUGCGCCUGUCGCCGGUGCACCCCGUCUCGGCGCCGCUGCCCGCCCUUCAGCACAAUUUCGUGUCGGCCGCUCUGAGGGCCGCUAAUCGGAUUGACAAAGAUUGCUCGGAUUACGUCGCCAGGAGGAGCGCCGAGAGGCUGCUGCUGCACAGGAACCUGAGCGAAAGCGACGCCGGCUCGGAUAGCGUGUCCGUCAACUCCAUGAGAUCCACCAGCAGCGUGCUGAGUCCCAUCAAACCUCAGGAAGUUAGGAACAGGAGUUUUCUGGAGGGAGGAGGACUGGGCAGCGGCGCCCUGCUGGGGGUGGAGGAGCUCAAGCGCUACUUCCCGGACCGCAGGCUGGGCAUAUAUGUGGUCACCUGGAACAUGCAGGGGGAGAAGGGCCUCCCGUCCAAUCUCGACGACCUCCUCCUUCCGACCGACUCAGAAUUUGCGCAAGACUUUUACAUUAUCGGAGUGCAGGAAGGAUGUCCUGACAGGAGGGAGUGGGAGACACGCCUACAGGAGUCUCUGGGUCCACACUACGUGAUGCUGUACGCGGCGUCCCACGGCGUCCUGCACCUCAGCGCCUUCAUCCGCAGGGACCUGAUCUGGUUCUGCUCCGAAGUGGAGCACGCCACCGUCACCACCAGGAUCAUCUCGCAGAUCAAGACCAAAGGGGCGGUGGCUGUGGCCUUCACCUUCUUCGGCACGUCCUUCCUCUUCAUCACAUCACACUUCACCUCCGGAGAUGCCAAAGUGUACGAGAGGAUCUUGGACUACAACAAGAUCGUGGAGGCGUUGGCACUUCCCAAGGGCCUCCCGGAUACCAACCCAUACCGAUCCACGUCAUCUGACGUCACCACGAGAUUCGACCAGGUGUUCUGGUUCGGGGACUUCAACUUCCGUCUAGGUCACGAGCGGGCCAGCGUGGACAGUAUCAUCAAGCGUGCGUCCGGGGACGACAUGGACGCCCUGAUGGAGCACGACCAGCUGUCCAAGGAGAUGAAAGACGGUUCUAUCUUCAAAGGCUUCCAGGAGGCUGGUAUCCACUUCCUGCCCACGUACAAGUUUGACAUCGGCAGUGACGUGUACGACACCAGCGCCAAACAGAGGACGCCAUCAUACACCGACAGGAUUUUGUUUCGGACCAGGUACGCAGAUGACAUCCACGUGCUCAAAUACUCCAGCUGCUCCAGCAUCAAGACCUCAGACCACCGACCCGUCAUCGGCAUCUACCACGUCAAACUGAAGGCGGGCCGAGACACUAUUCCAUUGGGAGCGGGCCAGUUUGACCGCAGUCUGUACCUGGAGGGCAUCAAGAGAAGGAUCAGCAGAGAGCUAAAGAUGAGAGAGGCCAUGAAGAAUCAAAGCAGCGUGUGCGCCAUCUCGUGAAACACUACACACCCUAAACCACGGACAGUACCUCAGCGCCAUCUACUGGUCACAUUGGGGAGCACUCGAGGGCAGGAACCUCGACAUACCCCUAAAUUCAACAUCAGUAUUAAUAUUAAUGCCUCGGGACAUUUUUAGAGCAAAUAGCACAUUACUAAAGAUGUGUUUUGUAGAUGCCAUUACAAAGAAUGGGGAUUUAUUAUUAUUAUUGGUUUUAAGGUUAUCAUCAUGAGCAGCUGCUACAUUUUAAUCUAUUAAUUUCAAAUAUUAUGUGUGGUCCGAACAAGAUGCCUUAUAUCAGGAGUUCUCAAACUGGGGGUCUGUAAAAUAACUUGCAAUAAAUUAUGUGAUAUUUUUUUUUAAAAGUGCAAAGUAUUCAUUGUGAACAUAAUUGCCUGCCAUUUCUUUGAACGGUUUUGGAAAACAAGAAAAAACUAAUUCAACAAACAAGAGUCCAGUUGCUUCGAUUCAACCAUUGUGGAUUACUGACCGGGAUGACAGAGAUUUUACACAGACAUGAAGAAAAAAGCAUUUUUAGCCAGCACAAAUGUAUUUUUUGGUAUUGUGACAAAGUUAAACAUGACUUGGGCAAUUAUGCUGUUAGGCUAAUGAUAAACAAACAUAACCAAUUCUUCCUCCUUACCGUAGCUUUGGCCAAUUAAAAGCUCUAUGAUUGUGACAUAUAACAUAAACCUGUUAAAAAAAAGUUGUUUUCAUAAUUUGAAACUAACUUGGAAAAACAUAAAAAUUACAACAAAAUAUGUCUUUGUUCUGCAAAUGUUAUGUUUUUCUUUAAAACACUAUCACCAAGCACAAUUUAAGAAAACAUAAUUUAUUGAAGUAUCUUGGAAACAUUCUCAUAAAAUUAUUACCUUUUAUCCCAGCAAAAAGUAUUUGCUCUUAAAGGUUUAAAAAAAUAUAUUGAAAAAAUACUUUAACUUAAAAAAAUAUAUUACAACUAUCUUGGACCUCAUACCAGUUUUAAUCCCAACACAACACAUCUUUGUUUUUGUAAAGAUGGACGAAACAAAAGUAAAAAAAUACUUUCACAUUAGUUCUAAAAAAUCUGAAAUUGUUACCAUAUUACAGCUAUCUUGGAAAAACACAAUUCUUAUAAAAUUGUCUUUUCAUCCCAAAGAAAUACAUCAUUGUUUUGGUGAAAAUUACCUUUUCUCUCAAAACAUUUUACUUUUUUUUUUUUUCAAAAAUAGGCUAGUUUUUAAUUUCUGUGGUGUUUAAGUAGCAUUAGGAUUAUGAAAAUCAAAUUACAACUGAAGUUGUCUCAGGGCACUUUCUUCCCCGAACCCAAAAGGUUUGAGAACCCCUGCCUUUGUAUUACUCAUAUUAAAACGUUUGUGUGUAACUUGUCCAUGUACUGAAACCUUAGUCAUUUGUCAUCUCCAUGUAAAACGUUUUUUUAAAAAAAAAGUGCCUGUUUGCAUCUC